GUGAAGAAUCUCAUGUUCAGGUUCAUAAUCUCAGGAUGUUAAAAAGAGGGUACGAGCGAGAGCCAACCUGAGGAAACUCUCACUGCGAACAAUAAAGAUUUACUGAAUUCUUUAUUUAGAGUUAUGUACAAACAAGUAAACUAAAAACAGGUCGUUUCGAACUUUAUCCAAGCUAAAGGUCUGGAAUUAAACUCAACAUAAAAGUGAUUUUUGUUCAAAAAACUGUUAUUCAUUAAAAAGAAACUAGGUGGAAUAGAUUUAUUACUGUCAUAAUUUAUUAAUUUUAAAUCAUUGCAAAUAAAAAAAAAAGACAUUUAUGUUCAAAAUUUAUUUUACCUUUUUUUUAAACAAAAAACUCGAUCAAAAUUAAAUUCUUCAGUGAAGCCGAUCAAAGUUUCAGCAAACGAACCGAAGUGAAGGAGAGAGAGUCCAAACAUGAGGGCAGAAUGAAAAUUAUAUUAAUAAUAAAAAUGAUAAUAAUAAUAAAAAUAUGAAUAAUAAUGAUAAUAAUAAUAAAAAUGCACAUUUUAGCUGGGCCUGACCUGUCUGCCAGGUUUCAUGAGUUUUUGAGUCCAUCUAGAAGGUUUUUAAGUUAAAAACUUAAAAAAAAAAAAAAUAAAUAAUAAUAAUAAUAAAUAAUAAUUUCAGUAAUUUCAAAAAGGCUCUUGCUUACUGCUUGCAUUGUUGGCUCAGGCCUUAAUAAUAAUAAUACUGAUAAUUAAAAUUAAAAUAAUGAUAAAGAGAUUAAAUUAAAAGAUUUUAAGUUCUGAUUUUAGUUUCCUAAAAAAAAGGAAAACAUCAAAUAAAAGGAAGAAAAAGCAAAUCUGUUUAUUUCUUUAUUGGAGCAGAUUAGAGACUGUCGUGUGUGUGAGUGUGUGUCUGUGUGUGUGUGUGUGUGUCUGUAUGUGUGUGUGUGUGUGUGUGUGUCUGUAUGUGAGUGUGUGUGUGCAAAAGUUAAAAACUCUAUAUUUUACAGAAAGUGUGAAUAAAAUUAAAUCCGUCAAAACAGGAAAACAACAACUUAGAGAAAUAGAUUUAAAUAAAACAACAAACUAUUCAAAAAGGUGAGAAAAAAUAAGAAAAUGUUGAUUUUCAGUCAAAUAAGAUGAAGUAAAAUAAUAAUUGAGAUUAAGUGAAAAUAAGACGUGAUGAGAUUGAAUCUGAUCGACUUUAUUGAAUUUAGGAGAAAUCUGUUUUUAAGGAUUAAAGGUGAUCAGAUACUGAUAAUAAAGUUAUUUAAGUUCAUAAAAGACUUUAUUUUAUAGUUUUAAUAAACUCUGAUCGUGCAGCAGGUUCCGUCCUUUAAUCUAGAAGAAUAUUUCGUCUCUUUUACAGAAAUACUUUGACACAGUUGCUGAUAUUUCCACAUUUUUUCUCUCAGAUUUAGUUAUGAAAUGUAAAUUUCUGUGGAUUGAAUUUGACUCUUAAAUUCGUGGAGAAUUCUUUUCCAAAUAAGAAACUUUGUGUUUUAAGAGCCGAAGAACUACAGACAGAUUCAUACGCUGCAGAAAAUAGUCCUUUAUAAUCGGGUUGGGCGGUAUUAAGGUACGAAGGUUUAUAGCGGCGUGUCUUUCAAAAACAGCGGUGUCAUUUUUAAGACCGUCAUGGCGCCGGUGAAAUGUUUUGUUUUGUACGUUUUGUUUUUACCGUAACUCCGUCAAAGUUUGUCUGAUCAGAAAAAUUCAACGGUGUUUGAAAGCUGAGAGUUGUGAGCGUGCGCCUCUAUAUGAUUCACUACGGUAGUGGUAACCACGUGAGGUAGGCCGCCAUCGCAAAACACAGGAGUGCUACACAGCGUCUCAGUACCGUAACGCCGUAACUUUGACAGGGGUGAGGGAGGAGAGAAGAGACGGAUCAGAAUAGUGUUUUUAUUAUUUUAUUAGAAAUAUAGUCGUAAAUAUUAGUAAACAGUUUUAUAAAAAGGUGACCAUGAGAGAUGGAAACACUUCUAACUUCAGGACGCAUCUCCGAAUCAACCAUCCUGUCGCUGCUGCGAGGAACGCCGAGGAACGACGACUACGUCCGCCGCCACUUAUACACAGCCGCCAAUAAUGGGGGCCUUCGGGAAGCAACAAAGUCCAAAAGGGAGCGUGAAAAAAACCUGAACUGAUGCAGAAAUACGAAGGAAAAGAAGCGAUCUGCACAGAAACGGUUCUGUUGAUUUAAUUCUUUGACUUUUUAAUCAGUUUCUAAUAAAAGUCGUAAAUAUCGUUCACAUUAUUUUGUUUCUGUUUUAUUAUUCAUGUUUGCUUUUCAGUUUCUGGUUUUGCGACGCCGUCUGAGCCUUGAGUCAUCAUUUUUAAUCGUCAUGGUAACACCGUACACCACUGUCAAACGUGGAGACGGUAUGACGAUAUCAAGAUUUAGAUACCGCCGAAUCCUCAACUCAAUAAACGCACAACUUCAAAAACCAGGCUAAAAAGAGGAGUGUGAAGGUUUGAGAGACGUUAUAUUUGGAUUCAUACGCUGCAGAAAAUAGUCCUUUCUCUCACUUUUACUUUCUCGCUGAUCGUCAGGAAUAAUCGGAAACCUUUGGCGAAGAGUGACCCCAGCAACAAAAUUCGAUUUUACUCGACUCGACAGGAAAAACCACUCCGACACGUAAAACAAACUCCUGUUCUGGAUCAAGACUCUGACGCUGUGGAGCAGCCGGGCGAAGUGCACUCCUCGGUUAGAGCACUCCAGCUGCACUCUGGGCGAGAGAGAGGGUUGAAGGACGGCGUGAGUGACAUGGCGGCGGCGGCGUGA